AUGCUGGCCACGGGGGCUGAUCUCUCCCCACCCCCAGAGUGCAUUUCGGGGGUGGACGUGGCUAUUUUAUACGACGACUCGCUGAGCAUCCAGCCCAACGACUUCACGCUCAUGAAGCAAUUUAUCGGGAAGCUGCUGCGCGCCCUGGCAGGGCCCCGCGUCCAGAUUGCCGUGGUCCAAUUCUCCUCCUACAUCAACCACGUUUUCACAUUUGCCGACUACGUCGCGAAGGGCCUGGAGGCCGUGGAGCAGGACCUGAUGGCCUUCCCCCAUCUGAAGGGGAACACUCACACGCCCUCAGCCAUCCUCUUCACGGUAAAACAAACCUUCACCCCUGAGCACGGCGCCCGGUCCCACGCCAAGAAGCUGCUGAUCGUCCUGACCGAUGGGCAGUCCACCGACACCGGAAACUUCUUCCCCCAGGCCAUCCAGGCGGCCAACAACAUGGGGCUGGUCCGCUACGCCAUCGGGGUGGGCAAGGCAUUCUCCACGUCCGAGGCGCGCCAGGAGCUGCUCACCAUCGCCUCGCGGGCUGAGAACGUCUUCCAGGUUGGGAGCUUCUCCGCCCUCAGCACCAUCCAGGAGCAGCUUCGCGAGAAGAUCUUCGCUAUCGAAGGGACGGCCCAGGUUUCCAACGCCAGCUCGUUUCAGCUGGAGCUGUCGCAAGGUGGAUUCAGCGCCCUGCUCACCCCGGAGGCCGUUGUGGUGGGGGCGGUGGGGGCCUAUGACUGGGCGGGGGGGCUGGAGGAGUGGUCGGGAGACCCCCCCCCUCGCGGCCUUCAUCAAUGAGUCCUCCCUGGGGCAGGAGGCCAAGGACUCGUACCUGGGCUAUGCCAUGGCCCUGGCCCGCCAGGGGGGCCGUUUCCUGUACGUGGCCGGAGCCCCCCGGUUUGGGCACGUCGGGCGCGUCGCAGUCUUCCAGCGCCGUGGGGGGCGGGUCGGAGACAGUGUCGAGGGGGAGCAG